GAGAGAGAGGUGCGGUUGGAGGAGAAAUUUCAACUUUGUUGACGCUCCAUCGUCGGGUUCUCAUUUCCUUCCACCGGCCAUUGCUUCAUCUCAAAUUUCUCUCCUCCCCAAGAAUAACACUCAUAGCGACGGCUCCGCCGUGAGUUACCGGAAUCUUGGCCGCUACGGCCACCCGCAUUCUCCUUCUGCUUCACGAUUUACGGUCGCCGACCGGUGCUUCUUCGCGGUUGUUAUCUUACUGUUUUAUCUACGUCCGUUCUUCGGCAUUCAUUUCCAUCUUUCUACAUUCGUGGACAAGGCUUGAAGACGACGAAAAGCGCAGCUGAGUAGCAGAGACUUCGGAUCAGACCGAACGGCAGAGAAAAGAAGAAGAAAGGGGAAAAGGGAAAUUUUAGAAACGACGGCGUUUGGAGGAUCACAUCAAUUUCUCAUACAAGUAAGCUAUUGCAAUCGAUAUCGGAACCGCAUCGCUCUACCGAAUGGAUGUAUUGUUUUCAGAAACGGUUUUCUGAAAGGACGGACGAUUUGACAUGUCCUGUAAAUGUUCGAAGCAUGAGCACAAUGGCUUGUUCAUCUUCGAGAGUACCCAAUUAUGGAUUGAUAUAGACUAAAUCGAGGUGGGCUGUUGGGCUGGGAGAAGGUUUGGCAUCAUUGAGAAAUGGGGGCGGUUGGAGAAGAGUUGAUGAAGUUGGAAAAAAUGCAGGGGAUAAAUGCUCGUGAAGAGAAAAUUCUUGUUUUAGUAAGGUUGAGACCCUUGAAUGAGAAGGAGAUUAUGAUGAAUGAAGCAGCAGAUUGGGAGUGCAUCAAUGGUACUAGUAUUUUGUACCGGAAUACCUUACGGGAGGGGUCCACAUUUCCAAGUGCCUAUACUUUUGAUAGAGUAUUUCGAGGUGAUUGCUCUACAAAGCAGGUGUACGAGGAAGGAGCCAGAGAAAUUGCAUUUUCUGUAGUCAGUGGAAUCAACUCAAGUAUUUUUGCAUAUGGUCAGACAAGCAGUGGAAAGACAUACACCAUGAAUGGAAUUCUUGAAUAUUCAGUAGCAGAUAUAUUUGAUUACAUUAGAAGGCACGAAGAGAGAGCAUUCAUUGUGAAGUUUUCAGCUAUUGAGAUAUACAAUGAAGCUGUUAGAGACCUCCUGAGCACAGAUACUAGUCCUCUCAGGCUGCUAGAUGACCAGGAGCGAGGGACAAUUGUAGAGAAAGUCACUGAGGAAAUCUUGAGGGACUGGAACCAUUUAAGGGAGCUCAUUUCAAUUUGUGAAGCUCAACGACGGAUUGGAGAGACCUCACUGAAUGAAAAAAGUUCUAGAUCUCAUCAAAUUAUUAAACUGACAAUUGAAAGUUCUGCUCGCGAGUUUUUAGGAAAAGACAAUUCAACCACACUUGCUGCUAGUGUGAGUUUUAUUGAUUUAGCUGGGAGUGAACGUGCAGCUCAAGCAUUGUCAGCAGGGGCGAGACUGAAAGAAGGAUGUCACAUAAAUCGCAGUUUACUGACUCUGGGUACUGUCAUUCGCAAACUGAGCAAAGGAAGAAAUGGUCAUAUCAAUUACAGAGAUUCUAAGCUGACACGAAUAUUGCAGCCCUGCUUAGGUGGCAAUGCUAGAACAGCCAUCAUCUGUACAUUGAGCCCUGCAAGAAGUCAUGUUGAACAAACUAGAAACACUCUCUUGUUCGCUUGUUGUGCAAAAGAGGUGACAACAAAAGCACAAGUCAAUGUGGUCAUGUCUGAUAAGGCUUUGGUUAAGCAUUUGCAGAAAGAGUUAGCGAGAUUGGAGAGUGAGUUGAGAACUCCUGCCCCUGUUUCAUCCAGUUCUGAAUAUGCAGCCCUACUUAAAAAGAAAGAUCUUCAAAUUGAGAAGAUGGCGAAGGAGAUUAGAGAACUCACUAAGCAGAGGGAUCUUGCUCAAUCCCGGGUUGAAGAUUUACUUCGUAUGGUUGGAAAUGAUGAUGUCUCGGGAAAGGAUAUCAAAACUAGUUAUUCUAAAUUGCAAGCAAGGGAUGGUUUAGAGUAUGAAGGCUCACCAUCAGAAACUUCAAGUGUGGCUGAUUUUCGUGGUAGAGAUAUGGGUGGAAAAUCUUUUAACAAUCCUCAUUAUUAUGACGGAGACAGUGAUGAUGGAAAAAGGUUCCUUGACUCUCAGUCGGGUCAAAGUGGAACAACAACCGCUCUUGCAAUAGCAGAAGACUUCGACGACUGCAAGGAAGUUCAAUGUAUUGAAAUGGGGGAAUCAGUCAGGGACGAUGGCUUGUCACUGCUUGCUACAAAUAAUGGUGAAUUUAGAGGAAUGCCGUUUAGCGUGUCAAAUGAUGGAAGUACUGGUCAUGAAUUGAUAUCAACCCCUGUGACUGGCAGCAGAGAAGCACAUCAAAUUCCAAAUAAUUCAACAAAUGGUCAACCAGAGCAAGGACUCCAUGAAGUAAGGAGGAUGAACAUUGAUUCUACGAGCAGUCCUUAUCGCGAUGAUGCAUGUUCAAAGGUUACUGCAGACAUGUCAAGCUCCAGAAGCUUGAAGCUAGCUAGAAGCUGGAGUUGUAGAGCCAAUUUCACGAAUGAGUUAUCACCUGAUAGAGGAGAGACAACCCCUCCUCAUGGAUUUGACAAAAGCUUUCCUGGAAGACCUGAAGGUUUUGGACGGAAACUCCCACAAUUAGACUUCACAGGCGGCCUCGUGAGACUUGAUUCUCAGUCCUCUAUAGGAAGUGCUCGGAGCAUCAAGACUUCUGCAGAUGAAGACGUUACUCGCUUAGAUGCCUUUGUUGCUGGAUUGAAGAAAAUGACAAAUUCAGAGUAUGGGAAAGAACUUCCUGACGGUCAGGUUCUGGAGGAUGGGCAAGAAUUGGAUUUCUUAAAGAACACAAAUUAUGUUGGAGGUGAGACAUUGCAGAAUGGGUUAGUCACAUCGGAUUGGAAGGAAGAAUUUCAGAGGCAGCAGAGGAUGAUAAUUGAUCUUUGGCAAACUUGCAACGUCUCAAUUGUCCACAGAACUUACUUUUUCUUGCUCUUCCAAGGUGAUCCUGCCGAUUCCAUUUACAUGGAAGUAGAAGUUAGGAGACUGACUUUUCUAAAGCAAACAUUUUAUUACGGUAAUUCAGCUAUGGAUGAUGGCCGGAAAGUCUCCUUUUCUUCAAGUAUAAGGGAUCUUCGUCGCGAGAGAGAAACACUGAGCAAGCUAAUGCAGAAGCGAAUCACAGAAGAUGAAAGAAAGAGAUUGUUUCAGAAAUGGGGAAUUGCAUUGAAUUCAAAACGCCGAAGGCUGCAGCUGAUGAGUCAGUUGUGGACCGAUCCGAAGAACAUGAACCAUGUAACAGAGAGUGCAGCCAUUGUUGCAAAGCUUGUGAAGUUUGCUGAGCAAGGACAAGCCCUCAAGGGGAACUUUGGUCUCAGCUUCAUUACACCUCCACAGAAAAGUAGAUCAUUUAGCUGGAGAAACAAUAGGACUUCUUUAAUCUGACUUCAGGUGACAUUCUCCAGUGCUUAAAUUACCACACCAUUUGUUUGUUUGUUUGUUUUGUUUUUUGUUGCUACCAGUAAUUAAUAUAUAGUUACGACACUAAAGCAUCAUUAAUUGUAAUAGGGCUGUAUAAAUAUCUUGUAAAACUUGCUUGAUCUAGGAAGUUAAGAUAGAUUAGGCUGAUCAUGACUGAUUUGGGUUUUCUUUUUUUGUUAUUUUUUGUGUGUAUUUUGUGAACCCAAACAUAUUAAUUCCCAUAUACAUUCUCUUCAAAGACGAGAUGACCAUUGUUGUCUUGUUUUCCUUCCAA